AUGUCUUCUUCUCUUCAGCUCGCUUCCACUCUAACUGAUCACGCUAUAGUCAUCCUUUAUAUCGAAAACUUCUUGGAUGUUAAAAACAAUAAAAGAAAUAUUCCUUUGAAAAAGAUAGAAUAUCGUGCCCAAUUAACUGCACUCUCACUGUCUCAAUGUGAUACUCUUGGUUUGACCUACAGAGCAUUCAUGAAGAAUAAAUUGCAUCUAUCACGAAAUACACCAGUAUCA